CAUAAAGAAAAUGCUAUCACUCCUCUAUGAAUUAUAGCCAUUUAAAGUAAUUAUGGCCAUUUGGUUGUGUAUUAAGGCACAAAGAAAAACAAUUAUAGCCAUUAUAAGAUAUUCUCAUUUCACUUUAGAAUAAUUGGACUUUAAAUUAUAUGAUAUCCAACAAUGAUCAGCGGUGAUUCAAAAAUAGAAAUUGGUCAUCUGAAAAAAAUUUAGAGAGAGUAGGACUACAUUUAAAACACACCUUGCAAACCGCACUUAAAUGACUGUCUUCAUGAAACAUUUGAUACAUUCCAUAUUUUAUAAACAUCCCUAUCUUUUUUUCCAGUAGACACUUUUAAGUCUAUAUGUGCACUAAUUAGUAUUUAGAAGUUUUCGUAUUACAUUUCCGUUCCAGUUUUUCUUCGUAUUGGUUCUACAGUGAAACCUUUGUUAUAUCUUCAACAACAUUGCUAAAUAGAAUAGUUAAUCGUAAUUGUGUAGGCGGUUUUCUUAGAAUACAUAUAUGAACGAAUUAUUUUCGUCUACAGUGUAACAUUUACUUACAAACCCAAUGACUCGCUCGACUAGUAUUUAACAGAUCCUCCAGCUCGUAUCGCUGAUCGCUGAUUCAGUGUGUCAGUGAGACAGCGAGUAGCGAGUGAUAGAGAUUACGAUGACAGCGAGUGAGUGACGUGUGACAGCGCGGUGCGGCGAGCGGUGGCUGUGGCUGCUGCUCACAAGUGACAAGUACAGAAUGCGACCUACGACCCGCGUGGGUUACUUCACUAAUGUCACCAACUCAGCUCCAGUUUAAUCAGACCUUCCGGAUCAGUCACCAACAAUGUCCUUGAAGGAAGUAAAUGUAUCAAACAAAGUGAGAGUGCUGUAUCUGACAAAAUGCUGCAGACGAUACCCACUCAAGUUUGGCUCCAAGGUUGCUGGAUGGUAUAGCACAGUUGCAUCAGUCCUCAGUAUCUUAAAUGGCUUCCAUAAUCUGGCAAGUGUCACUUCCUACAACGAAUAUCCGGAAGUUGCUGUUGAUUUGAUGAAGUUGAAAAUAUUGUUUUGUUUAUUAGACACAGCUUUUGGUGUCACCUUGUUGAUGGGAUUAUACCUGGAAAGAACAAACUAUUUGUUGUCUUGGAUAGUUUCAAAAUCAAUACUACUUUUAUGUGAAGUUCCACUGUAUGUCUUAAUGAGCUAUUUUGACAAGUUGUGUGCUGAACUUGGCCUCUUUCUUUUCUGUAUGGGUAUUGACAUAUACUGUGUGUUGGUGGUUCAUGGAUAUUUUAUGGAACUUACAAAUUUUAGUGAAAGUGAGGUGUAGUGAUUGUAGACUGAGUGCUUGAAUUGAAUUCAUGAGAGCACACAAAACUAUAAAGGUCUGAGUUUAAGAGGACAUUUAUCAGGUAAAUCAGUGCAAUUACAGUAAACCAACAAUGUACUGAGGUGUAAUUUAAACUAUUAGUCUUUUCACAACCUGUAGAAUUAUUUUUAGCAAAAUGUUGUACAGCCAGAACACCAAAGCUUAUACUUUAUAGCACAAGCUUAAAGGGCUGCUGCAGAUUCAAUACUACUGUGUACACUUUUUUUACUGUUUCUCUAGUAGCACUAUAUGCAAUACAAAGUAGAGCAUUUCUUGUAUAAAACUCUACAAAGCCAAAGUGAAAAUAAGACUAUGACAGCAUCCUCCAAAGAAAAAAAUCUAGCCCAAUAUAACACCUUUUGUGUAUGUUAAGUAUUAUUCUUGUGAUUAUAUUGACAAAAGAUUAAUCAAUUUUACAACUGUCAAUACAAUACUGGUACUAAAAAUUAAUAGAAUAUAAAAAAACUAAUCAAAAUAGGUUAUAUGUUUCUAAAAUGUAUUAUUAUACAUAGAUACUAAUAAUGCAUAUCCCAAAAUACCAAUUUAAAACUAUAUUUCAGUGAAACAACAGCACGUAAUGUAACGAUUAAAUCCUAGACAACUUAAAUUCUUGUAAGUUUCUACCAGUAAUAAUAAUUAAUAUAAGAACUCAAUAGCUAAAUAAUUAUAACUUGAUAAAGUCACAACUCUUAUUGCAAACUGCCAUCCUAGAGGUCUGUUUGGACUAAUGCUACUAAGAACAAAUUUUAUAUUUUUAAAUGUUGCUCUCUUAGGACCAAGAUUUUACAAUAGAUGUUUUGGCUAAACUUGUAUGUACUUUAAGUAGUAUUUAUUUUUCUCAUUGUUUAGAAUUUGCACUUCAAAGCAAAUAAUUUAUGUCUCAAUUUAGAUAAAAUAUAUUUAAUUUUUCAUUAUCAUUUACUCAAAACGAACUUGAGUAGAAUUAUUUAUGUAACACAAGGUUAACUUCCAUGUUUACCUGUUAAUAAAUCUGUAAACGGAAACCUAAUUUUAGAUCACACAUAAUAUACAAGUUUUUCAUUACAUUUCUAUUGUAGUCCAUAAAAACCUUGAGACUAGGUUACACUACAAAGAGAUGAACAAUUUUUAUAUCAUAUUUAUUGAACAUCAUUUUACCACUUUACCUACUAUGCCACUUGGGCUUAAUGUAACAUGUCCACUUGCACACUUUACACUAGUAUCAAGUCUGUUUCAGGUUUUUACUGGAAGUUAAGUAAUCACUAUCAGGUGUCUAAAAGGUUGUCACAAUGAAGAGUAACUGCCAAUUCUAAAUCCUAUGGAAUGCUCAUUCAGUCAAACCAUCCAAAACAAUUUUCUAUUAUUUUAUAAAAGAAAACUCACAAUUCUCCAAUGAUUUUUAUAUUUUAACACUGUAGUUAAAAUUAUUGGAGAAUUGUGAGUUUUCUUUUAUAAAAUAAUAGAAAAUUGAUAUUUCUAAUAAGAAGAGCUCCUCCUCCUUCAUCCAAAACAAGUCUCACUGUCCAUUGACCACUGGUGUAACUAAAGAUUAAUUAAGUUAGAAUCUGAAUUAUAAGCACAAAACUUGCUCUAUAUGUUCAAAUAAGACAUUUUAGGACACCCAUAAAAAAGUCCAAACUCUGUGUCAGUGACAAUUUCUUCAACAAAAAGUGGCUUGGCUGCAAACACUCUCCAUAGAGCAACUUCAGGAUGUCUACCUUCAUCAGUUGACUGCAAAAUACUGUGGAAAGAUUUUACAACUAAUGUAUAAGUCUAUUUGAUGGAUGAUAUAUUUUCUAAGUAAUGGAGAAAUGUAGUUUUGAGAUGUAAGUAAUAAACGUUCUGUAUCUA